AUGAAGAUGAAGGAAACGACCGGCACGGAUUUGCUAAAGCACAUAGGUGAACCGAUUGGGAGAGCGCUGGAAGAGAGCUCAACAGAUAUCGGAAUCAAAUGGAAAUACUACACCCCUCUUGUGAAUUUGGUUGAUGAUCAUCAAGGAUUUUACUUUGGUUUGAGGUCCAGCCGUAUAGAUUCGACAGAUCUGCAAUUGUCUAGAUUGGACCCUUAA